AUGUUAGAAGGAAUAGUUGCGAACCUGCUGAACAGGUUCCUGGGGAUGUACGUGAAGAACUUCGAUGCAGGACAGCUUAAUGUCGGUAUAUGGUCCGGAGACGUCAAACUACGAGAUCUGGAACUUCGCCGUGAGGCGCUCGACCAGCUACAUCUGCCGCUGAACGUCAUCGAGGGUCAUCUCGGCGAACUCACACUCUCCAUUCCAUGGUCCAACCUUCGAGGGAAGCCAGUGAAAGUGCAUAUCCAAGAUGUGUUCCUUCUUGCGGCGCCAAAGGAGGAUUCCACUUACGAUCCGGAAGAAGAGAGGAAGAGAGAACAUGCUGUCAAGAUGGAGAAGCUUGAAAGUGCCGAGCUUAUCAAGGAACAGAAUACCGAGGGUAUGAGCCAAGAGGAACAGCAAAAGAACCAGAGCUUCACUCAGAGCUUGGUGACUGCCAUUGUCAACAACCUCCAGGUGACUAUCAAGAAUGUUCAUUUCCGGUAUGAAGAUGCCAUUGCCGCUCCUGGACAUCCGUUCGCCGUCGGUGUAACGAUCAAGGAACUCAGUGCCGUCAGCACGGAUUCAAAUUGGAAGCCUACCUUUAUACAAUCAACGUCUACGAGCAACUAUAAACUUGCCGUCCUGAACUCUCUGGCAAUCUACUGGAACACAGAUGCAGAGCUCUUUGCGCCGAACCCUGGAGAAGCUGGCGAAGCUGGGGAUACCAGUGCUCCGAUAUUCAGCCAUGCGGAAUUGCUAAGGAGAUUCAGAGAUGCUGUUGUCACGGGUGAGAACACACAGUACGUUCUAAAGCCUGUCAGCGGCAAAGCUGGCCUGGAACUAGACACCUCCCAAAAUGUCGAUCACCCGCGAGCCAAAGCUAAAUUGAUAUUCGAUGAACUUGGCUUUGUCCUCGACGACCAUCAAUAUCGUGAUGCGUUGAUGCUCGUCGAUCUUUUCCAUUACUUCAUUCAGCACCGAGAGUAUCGAAGUUUGAUGCCUGAUUCCCGACCAAAGGAAGAUCCCCGUGCUUGGUUCAGGUUUGCUGGUCAAGCCAUUCUGAGUAAAAUUCACGAAAGAAACCGCAAAUGGACUUGGGGCUAUAUCAAGGAACGACGGGAUAAUCGUAUCCGGUAUAUCGACUUAUUCAAAAUGAGAAAGAGGGAGGACCCCAUGUCCCCUGAGGAGAUAGAGGAGAUGAAAGCUCUAGAAGAGAAGUUGUCCUACGAAGAUCUGCGGUUUUGGCGGUCCCUUGCUAGAAACCAGUUGAGAAAGGAAAGGAUUGAAUGUCCGAAGAAGGUCGUCAGGCAACAGACCUGGUCCGAGUGGAUUUGGGGAACUGGCAAAAAGGAGGAAGACCAGCCGACAACCAUGACGGAAGAGCAACGCCAGGAACUAUACCAAGCUAUAGACUGGGAUGAGAAGAAAGCUAUAGCUGAUGCAGUUGACCUCCCGCGAGACUCUGUCAAGUUCCAAGUAGACUCGAGUCUCCGAGCUGGCAGCUUCACGUUAAAACGAGAUCCUCACGGCAAGGCAAAUGAGAUAUUGAAGUUGGUCUUCGAGAACUUCCAGGCAAAGGCACUACAGCGGCCGGAUUCGUUCUUGGUCCAAAUUGACCUCGGCGGGCUACGACUCUUCGAUCAUACCACGGACAAUACUGCCUUCCCUCAGAUUGUUCGUGUUAAAGAUUGCUAUUCUAUGCCAAGCGAGGAUGUCGAAGAGAUUACGGAAAUGGAAAUACCGGAAUCUCCAGGCGUUGAAGAGAUAGACCGUGAGAGUGAUGAUAGCUUGUUCUACCUCCAAUUUGAAUCAAACCCCCUAGAUGGGAGUGCGGAUUCUGCUCUUCGCAUGAAGCUUAAGAGUCUUGAGGUUAUAUAUACCCCCAAAGUAUUGGUUGAAAUUGUCAAGUUCUUCCGACCUCCAGAACGCCACAUGGAAUCAAUCGGCGCUCUCCUAGAAACUGCGGGAGCAACUGUCGCAGAAAUACGUCAACAGACAAGAGCGGGACUGGAGUUUGCCCUAGAAGAGCACAAGACAAUUAACGCUCAGCUAGACAUCCAGGCCCCGCUUAUAAUCAUACCUGAGAGCAUAACUACGGAUGAUAGUAUGUGUCUUAUCUUUGACGCUGGAAGAGUUAGCGUGAGCAGCAAGCUGGUGGACAAGGAAACUCUCAAGAUGGUUCAGAACAAACAAGGCUCGGAAAUCGGCGACGAUGAUCUCAGCCAGCUUGAAUCGUUGAUGUACGACAAGUUCCUGCUAAAGCUUGAUUCAACACAAGUCCUUAUCGGAAAUGGAAUCGAAUCCACGAAAGCCGAGCUAGACCCUCAGACGGAAUCAAGGAAUCUUCAUAUUAUGGACCGGAUCAAUAUGGACUUUGUACUUGAGUUAUGCAUCGCUCCAAAGUCAACGCUCACUAGGACACGGAUAUCAGGUCAUCUUCCAGAAUUCCACGCCUCCAUGUCAGAUACAAAAUACAAAAAUCUGAUGAGACUGAUUGAUAUUGCUAUCCCGCGAUUCAGCACUGAUGAGUCUAAUGGCUCAGCGGAGAAAGUUAUACAGCCGGAGACUACAUCAGUUGAAACUAGAGCUAGGUCACAGUCGAUUCAAUUUCCUCGACAAAGAGACGUACCUGUCCUGAAUUCGGAGAACGAUAUCGCUGAACAUGACGAUAAGAGAUCAAUCGACUCAAAAACGUCCAAGAACAUACAUCGGCGUAUGUUUGAGUUCAAAUUUACGGUUGAUACACUGAGAGGCUCGUUAUAUCGAUCCGAUCCCAGCGAUGAAAGGAAAGAUAGACUACUAGUUGAAUUGGUUGCCGAACACUUCCAUCUCGACUAUAAUUUGAGAGAGUACGAUAUGGCGGCAGACAUUGUUCUGAAAUCCUUGAGCAUCGAAGAUUAUAUCGAGGAGCAUUCCUCUGCCCCCGAGUUUAAGAAAAUCGUCACAUCCAGGGGCUUCGAUGCGAACGAAGAUGAGGACUUGUUCACUCUGAAAUUUAUCAAAGUUAAUCCUGACUCUCCCGAGUUUGUGUCGGUGUAUGAUGGUAUCGAGAUGAACCUCGAACUCUUGGUCUCGACCAUUAAUUUGAUUGUUACUCGGAAGACAUUGCUUACUCUGCUGGAUUUUGUUCUAAUUACCUUCACAAACCAGAAUCCACAAAACCAAGUGCAAAGCUCCCAUGGACAAGUUGCAUCCAAUGAUUCAAAGGAAGCACCGAAGCCAGCUAAUACAGGAAAAAUUCGAAUAAGCUCGAAAUUAGAAAGGAUCUCACUUAUUUUGAACGACGACGGCGUUCGUCUAGCCACGCUCAGUUUGAAUACUGCCGAUGUUGGAAUAUUCCUGGCCAAUGAAACGAUGCAAAUCAAGUCAAGAAUGGGCAGUUUGACCUUGUUCGAUGAUAUCAAUGAAAAUGGCAAGUCCUCAACAGUACGUCGGUUGAUGAGCAUCGAAGGCGAGGAUUUUGCGGAUUUCCGCUAUCAAACUUUCAAUCCUAAACUCAAAGACUAUCCUGGUUACGAUUCUGAGGUAGUUCUACGAUCUGGUUCGAUUAAAAUAAACUUCAUCGACGAGCCGUACCGAAGGGUUAUUAAUUUCCUGGUUAAGUUUGGAAAGAUGCAAAGUAUAUUCAAUGCUGCUCGGCAGGCCGCAGCCAACCAAGCAACACAGAUCCAAGAAAGCGCGUCACUGAUGCAUUUUGAUAUCGUGGUCAUGACGCCCAUCUUGGUGUUUCCCCGGAUAACUGAUAGAGAUGGACCUCGAGAUUUCAUCACCGCCCAUUUAGGAGAGAUAUAUGUUUGCAACGAGUUUUCUCAAGCUGACCAUGAUGAAAAUAAGUAUCUGGUCAAUGCUAUCACCGCUGGAGUCCGACAUAUCCGCCUCACGUCUACUUUCUACUACUCAGAAGAUGUCUGUGAAGAACUGGAGAUGAUUGAGAAGGUGGAUAUGGAUUUCAAUAUCAAAUAUGUCCAAGAUCCAAUUGACGCCGCCAUACCUGUUAUGCGUGUCGAUGGUUCUAUGUCACCGACCAAUCUCCGAAUUUCACAAAUGCAGCUCAAAUUCCUCCUUGAGCUAUCUAAAACCAUCCCGGCUGCAUUCACACCUGACCAAGAACUUCAAGAAGGACAAGCCCAGCAGGCUCUACCCGAACUCUCUGCAGGCUUAAAUACUACCAAUGGUUCAGAUAAGCCUGAAGAAUCCAAGGCACUUAUAGACAGGUCCGGUAAAGGCGCUGCAGAGCCCAAAAAGUCAAUCCAGCUCGAAUUGGGAUUCCGCGUGGAAACUGUUGGGCUAGAACUACUCCUCGUUAACGAGGACGCACCAGUUCACUCCCUGGAUGAUGUUAGCCUAUCCAAGUUCUUCUUGAGUAAUACCAAUGUGAAACUCCAAAUGUUGAAUGAUGGCUCCCUCGAAUCCGAGUUGCUUAUUCAUUCUUUCAAUGUCCGAGACAGCAGGUCGAAGGAGACCAACCGAUUCCGCAAGAUCAUGUCCUUGGUUAACACUGAAGUGCAGCAACAGUUCAUGGCUAGUUUGUCCAUGUCUGGUGGUACUGAACGCCAACUAGUGGUGAUGGUAACGAUUGAUAGCCCACGGAUUAUAUUCGCUGUCGAUUAUCUAUUUUCACUUAAGUCCUUUGCAACAGCAGCAUUCCCUGCCGAGCCAGAUACAAACACCUCAGAAAGCUCGGACGAAGAAUCUACAGGUCCAGUGGUCUCGCGUGAAAAUCUACCGUCUAAACCCACACCUAUCCCUUCGAGCGCUAUGACUGCGGAAAGCAAAUCCACUAUGACAAUGUCCGUUAGAUUCAACAUGGUUGAUUCUCAAGUCAUUCUGGUUGCUAAUCCAACUAUUGCCAACACGGAAGCUAUAGUCCUGGGAGCCAAACAGAUCGUUUACUCCCAGCAGAAUGCGUCUACUCUUCAGAUAACCAAGGUCGGCAUGUUCCUUUGCCGAAUGGAUAAAUUCGAAACUAGCAGACUUCGUAUUCUAGAUGAUUUCUCCCUAGAACUAUCCAUGGAUACCCAGAGUAAGAGUAAGAGUUUCUCUACAACAAGGAUUGACAUGCAUGUGGAGCCGUUGAUCCUUCGGUUGUCACCGCGAGAUAUCCUUCUUGCCUUGCAGAUAAUGAACAGAGUGUCUGAGAUGACUUCACCUGCACAAUCACAGAAUGCAGCGAACGAGUCAAAAACGAUUGCUGCAAAACCCACGCAGGCAGAUCUACAGUCGCCAAGCACACCCGUCCAAUCUCAGCUGACUGCCGCAGAUAGGAUUCAACAGACAUCUAUUGUGAAAAAGGAAGAGAUGUGUAUUCAAAUAGAUGGUAUUAGGGUUAUCCUCGUUGGCGAUGUACACAUACUCCCGUUACUUGACUGGAGUGUGCAGUCAUUCCGAGCCGAUGUCAGAGAUUGGUCUGCGAAUAUGAGUGCUGAUACCACUUUCGAUACCUUCAUCAACGUUUAUAAUUUCUCGAAGUCUACUUGGGAACCUUUGAUAGAGCCAUGGCAGCUUGGGUUCCAUAUGUCUAAAGAACUCAGCCCUGACAUAUUUUCCAUUGAUGCCUACUCCCAUAAGAACAUGGAGUUAACCGUCACGUCCGCAACAAUUGCUUUGGCAUCUAAGACAAUGCAAUCCUUAUCUGCCGAUGAGGAUGUUCUGUCAAAGCCAAGAGGUACAGAUACUCCCUAUAGAAUACGAAAUUAUACCGGCUUUGAAUUGCGAGUAUGGGCAGAUACUGGAAAUGGAGAGGAAGGGUAUGCCUGCACUCUCGAGGAUGGCCAAGAAUACCCCUGGAGAUUCGAGGACCCAACUACUAUGCGAGAAAACCUUACCCCCGAGGGGAACGCUGGUACGGUUGGAAUCAAGCUGGAGGGGAGUGGAUUCGACAGCAUCAACCGCAUCCCCCUCAUACGUGAAGGAGAAACACUGUAUAACCUAAAGCCAAAGAAAGAUAAAGUGCUACAUAAGCUGUUGGUGGAGGUCAGCUUGGGAACGGACUAUGUCAAGUAUAUCACCUUCCGAUCCCCUCUUGUGGUGGAGAACAAGACUCAGAUACCUGUUGAGGUCGGAGUAUUCAGCCCCGAGGAGGGACAUCUCCUUAAGAUUGAAAAGAUUCUUCCUGGUGAUUCGCGCCCAGCACCAGUUGGCGCUGCCUACCUGCAUUCUCUCGUUGUGCGCCCUGAUCAAGGCUUCGGGUACGAUUGGUCAAAUGAGAGGCUUUUCUGGAAAGAUCUGCUGAAACGACCGACAAGAACCCUCAAAUGUCAGAGUGAAAGUGGACAGCAAUCUCCACCAUUUUACUUCCAGAUGAAUGCCACUUUUGACAAAAAUGAUCCUCUUCUCGCCGUAUAUCCAUACAUGCGGGUUCGUGUGUCUGCUCCCAUUGAAAUCCAAAAUUUACUUCCAUAUGACUUCAAGUACCGCAUCUAUGAUAAAAACUUGAAGAAGGAUUGGACGAACUUUCUUAGAAAGGGAGGAGUGAGCCCAGUUCAUGUCGUGGAGCUUUCUCAUGUUCUUCUUCUCAGCAUUGACAUGCAGGAUACAGCAUUCCGGCAAUGCGAGUUCGCAAUAGUGAAUGGGAACGUCCAAGAGGAUUUUAGAAGAGAGUCUACCCUUACUGUCCAAGACGACCAAGGCCAGGAGCUGAAACUAGGUCUUCACUACUUUACUGUUCCUGAUAGCGGCGGCGCCUUCAAGGUCUCUGUGUUUAGCCCUUACCUUGUUCUGAACAAAACAGGGCUUGAUCUCAAUAUUCAAAGCAAAGGCGUUUUCCAUGGAAGCAGGUCUGCAGCGGGUCGGGCCAUAAAAACGGACGCAACUAACGGAGUCCGCUCGGCUAUCCCUUAUAUGUACUCUUACCCAACAGACGACCGUAAGAACCGGUCAGUACUUAGGGUUAAUGGCUCCGCAUGGAGUAAGCCACAGAGUUUCGAGGCAAUAGGGAGCAGUUUCGAGGUUACCUUACCAGGCUCCAACGGCCGAACCGAGUAUCAUGCAGGCGUGACAGUAGAAGAAGGAACUGGGAAAUACAAGGUCACUAAAAUAGUCACAGUUUCUCCCAGAUUCAUACUUGAGAACAGGCUGGAUGAAGAAUUGGUUGCUCGUGAGCCAGGUUCUUCUAAUGUUAUCACAUUAAAGCCUCGUGAGCUCGUCCCGCUGCAUUUCUUAAGACAAGCAGCCGAAAAACAGCUUUGCUUCUGCUUCCCCGGCGUCAACAAUCAGUGGUCCUCCUUGUUCAACAUUGCUGACCUGGGAAUAACCUACGUGAAAUUGGCAAAGGCAAAUCAACGGCAGAGAUUACUCAAAGUUGAAGUGCUCAUGGAAGGCGCCACAAUAUUCUUGCGUAUCAGCAUGGAGGCAGUGCACUGGCCAUAUUCCAUGAAAAAUGAGUCGGACGCAGAAUUUAUAUUCUUCCAAGCGAAUCCCAACAUUAGUGAGGACGAAGAUGAUCGCAGCACUACCUGGCGGCCCAUCCGUUACCGCCUUCCACCGCGUAGUAUCAUGCCUUAUGCAUGGGAUUAUCCGGCUGCUAAAAACAAGUCUCUUGUUCUUCUGUGUCGAGGAAAAGAGAGGUAUAUAAAACUUGCUGAAAUGGGCAAUUUGAUACCUAUGAAACUCCCUCCGACACAGGAUUUGCCACAAAAGAUCAUUGAUAUCCGCAUUGAGGCCGAAGGACCUACACAAACCCUCGUCUUGUCUAAUUUCCGGCCAUCACGAAGUGUAUAUAGGCAACAAAAGCCUGCCUCCUCUCAGACUAGUGUGUCAACUGGAUUUGAGGUCAAGGAGGUAAACUCGGAUAUUACCUUCAAAGCUCAACUUCGAUUAAACGGCAUUGGGAUUUCUUUGGUCAACCAGAACCUGAGGGAGCUCGUAUAUAUCACUUUCCGCGAGAUAGACCUCAAGCUCAGUGAGUCUAAGAUCUACCAAACAGUCAACACCACUAUAAAGUGGAUACAAAUCGAUAACCAAUUAUAUGGCGGAAUAUUCCCUAUCCUUUUAUACCCAAGUGUUGUCCCGAAAACUGGCAGGGAGAUGGAGGCGCAUCCAAUUUUCACGGCGACGGUCACCCGGGUUAAAGAUGACUCGUACGGAGUCUUGUAUGUGAAGUAUGCGUCACUUCUUGUACAGCAGAUGACUCUGGAGCUCGACGAAGAUUUCAUUUUUGCUCUCCUGGACUUUGUGAAGGUUCCUGGCGCCUCAUGGUCUGAGGAACGCGAGGACCCUAUUUGCGAAGCGGAACUUGGCAUCCCAGAGCCCAGAAACGAAGCGCAGGGGCAGGACGUGUAUUUUGAGGUCCUUCACUUGCACCCUAUGCAGCUUGACUUGUCCUUUGUCCGUACAGAGCGAGUUAAUGUUGAGGAUACGACCGAGUCAUCUAACCCAUUGAUGUUUUUCGUCAACGUCAUGACAAUGUCCAUUGGUAACGUCAAUGAUGCUCCGGUGAGGUUAAAUGCACUGCUGCUCGAGAAUGCAAGGGUGUCUAUACCGAUGCUUGUUUCGAACAUUACAAACCAUUAUACUCAGGAAUUCCUUCGCCAGGUGCACGUCGUCAUUGGCUCUGCAGAUUUCCUAGGUAAUCCUGUUGGUCUGUUUAACACAGUAAGUUCUGGAGUUGCAGAUAUAUUCUACGAGCCAUACCAAGGGUUCGUCAUGUCCGACCGACCUCAAGAACUAGGUCUCGGAAUUGCCAAGGGUGCUACAUCAUUCGUCAAGAAAUCCGUGUUUGGAAUCACGGAUAGUCUUACAAAGUUCACGGGAAGUGUUUCCAAAGGCUUGGCUGCUGCAACUUUGGAUAAAGAGUUCCAGGAUCAACGAAGGAUGUCCCGAGCCCGUAAUAGGCCUAAACACGCUCUUUACGGAGUUACUGCAGGAGGUAGUGCUUUCGCAACCAGCAUGGCAAGUGGAAUUGGCGGUCUUGCGCGUCAUCCACUAGAGGGUGCUGAAAAAGAAGGCUUCCAAGGAUUUGUCAAAGGCGUCGGGAAAGGCUUCCUAGGUCUUGCAACAAAGCCAGCUCUUGGUGCCUUUGACCUAGCUUCGAACCUUGCGGAAGGAGUACGAAAUACCACUACAGUAUUCGAUGCCGGAGGACUCGACCGAGUUCGUUUGACCCGUUUCAUUGGCCGAACUGGAGUUGUCAAACCAUAUUCUCAGCGUGAAGCCCUGGGUCAGUUCUGGCUCAAGACAACAGAUGAUGGCAAGUACUUCAAUGAGGAGUAUAUUGCUCAUCUAGAGUUCCCCGGCAAAGAUAUGCUUGUGCUUUUGACGUAUGAUCGAAUUAUGCUCGUCAGGUCGAAGCGACUUACAACCGAAUGGGAUAUUAAAUUGACCGAUAUUCAAAAGAUAUCGAAAGAAAGGACUGGAAUGACCAUUACACUUAAGGGUGGCACCAACGGCCCAUUCAUACCCGUACAAGACGAGAGUGGCAGAAAUUGGUUUUACAAACAAAUUGCUAUUGCUGUUAAUGCGUUUAAUGAGAAGUAUAGCGCCAAGGGAUAG